AUGCAGCACAUCACCUACAUCCUGAUAGUUUUCUUCUUUGCUGGGGUCACCAUGGCCAGUCAGGCCUGGAAAAAUGGACAAUAUGAAGACGUCGGUAACGGUGACGAUUUGGUGAAUUUUGAUAGGUAUAUCACACAUAAAAGAGCCAUCAACGGACAGCUCCGCCGGUCGAGUAUUCGUUGGGGAAAGCGAUCGGGUCUUCGAAACUUUGAAAGAGACAUCCCAUUGGUGCCAGAUGAGUAUUUGGUGAUGUGGCCGGCUCCAGAGAAACAAGUGGGAUUUGAGACCACCACCGCCUCAUCGAGCUCAACCCAAACGCCGGAACAGGAUGAAUUUGAAAGCAAUGAAAACGAGGAAGUGUUUUCCAAAGACAACCGCCGUAUGGAACGUGUCGCCAAGGCUGGAAUCCGACCAAAGUUAGCGUUGAGCAGCCGUCUCUGGGGGCGUUGA